AUGAGUGCUAGCGAUAGUUACCUUCCCCCGACCCUGAGCGCUGGUCUGAUCACACAGCUCAUACUAUCCCUGGACCUUCCUCAUCCCGUGUCCGUUGAGCCUUUGAAAGUUUCUGCGGCCUUCCACUCAAUCUAUCUGAUUCACUUCCAAACCACCGCCGCAUCAAAAAUUGCUGCUCGUCCAAAUCAUGACGGGACAGUAACACUGGUUCUUCGCGUAUCUGGUCGUCAGUUGCCACGUAUAAAAACCCAAAAUGAAGUCGGUGCAAUGACCUGGGUGCGCCGGAAUACCCACAUUCCCGUUCCGAAUAUCAUCCGCUACGAUUCUAGUGAGAAAAACAUCAUUAAGCAUGAGUUCAGCCUCCUCGAAAAAGCGCCCGGCGUGAGUGUCGAUCAAGUCUACCAUACUCUGUCUGAAGAAAUGCGUACCAAAAUGGUCCACCAGCUUGUUAACUAUCUCGCUGAGCUACAUUCACAACCGUGGAAAGACGGAUUUGUGGGUGGCCUGGUUCUCAGCAAUGAGGAACUCGUACAAGGUCCCCCGAUCGAAGAGAAUUUCUGGCAGACUCCCGAUAUAGACAAAUACUGGAAUGGAUCAAGUGAGGGCGAGACUCUUGAGACUCUUAACCCACUUGCCCUCCAUGGAUACCUGGAUUAUGUUUCAUUCAUAGUGGCCAGUCUAAAAUGCUACAUUCGUGCGAUUGAGAUACAUCCUUCUCUUAAGCCAUAUUGGGAUCUUCUUCCACGCAUAAUCCAAUUUAUUGAUCUUCUUCAGAAGCCAGAAAACGCUAAGGAACUGAAUCAGGUCACCUACGUUAUGGCUCACAAAGAUAUGCACUUCGCUAAUAUUAUGUGUGAUCCCGAACAUCCCGAUUGCCCUAUUACAGCGAUUCUGGACUGGGAAUUUAGUGGUGUCGUUCCUGCACCUCGAUGGAAUCCACCGCGUGCAUUCCUGUGGAAUUACAAAACAACCUCAGAGGACAAAGCCGAGCAGGCACGCAUGGAGAGUAUCUUUGAGGAAAUAUGUCGAGAGAAGGGCCUUGAGAGGAUUCUUGAGGAAACACAGCUUAGUCCACGUCAACAGGAUAUGCAGACCGCAGUGAAUCAUAUUCGUGCGAUCGUCGAGGUAUGUCCUAGAGGACAAGCCAAAGAUCGGGUGGCUUCUUGGAGAUCAACAGCUGAGAAAGCAAUGAAAUCCUUGGGAGCUUGA